AUGACGGCCAACCCUUUGCGGCCGGUCCCCCAGCCGUCGCUUCAUCACAGCCGGGCCAGCUUCGAGCCCUGGACCGGCCCCACCGCGACCACUCGUGAAACGCCUACUCCUGACACUUUGACCCCCCAGCACUCCUUAUUGCACCGGUCCCGACGAUCCGUCCCAAGCUUUCACCUCCCCAGCCUCCAGCAUCUCGAGCCGUCGUCAAACCGAAAUUCAGCACCCGUCGGCGCAUUCCCGCCCACCCUUCUUCCAAGUCCCGAUGCCGAGGAGCGGCCCCAAGAUCAUCUCCUCUCUACGCGCCCUGAUGUGAAGAGCACCAUGCCAUCGAGCGUGGCUUAUUCCGAAACGAGAACUCUGGCGAGCGAGCAUGGCCGCGCGUGGAACAGUGCCCAUCGCCUGGGGCCCGACACCAGGAGCCUAGUCGACGAGGGUCGCCCCAAAAACGAAGAUAUAUUCUUGAACAUCGCCCGGACGGACUCUAGCCGUCGCGACUCGCUGGGCCGCUCCGAAUUCAGACGGUCACGUCUCGGAUAUUCCAGUCAAAGUCUACGGUCGCCAACGACCCCUCGAGCCGAUCCCGAACAAACCCCCUCCCCGGAUCAACGCCUCAGCAAUGUGGAGAGCCCCUUGCUUUCGCAGAAUGGUUCUCCGACGAUUCCAUCGGGCUCGGUCACCCAUUCUCCAACGGCCUCGGCGCACCCCCUUGACGACCCAGGCCGUUUCCGCUACUCCAGCUUGACCACCGGCUCGCGAUCAGUGAUAGGCGCCCCCCGAAGCCGACUCAGUCGCACCAGUCCCGAAACCUCCCCCCGUUCGCCCGCUGUAAACAGCGAGCGGAGAUCAUCUAUCCACGAACCACGACUUCGUCAUUCUACCCUAUCUACAAUUCGCAGUCGUCAACCGUCCAGCUCCGAGGCGACAGAACGCAUUCGCGGCGAGACGGAAAAGGCACGCGAUGGAACCGAGUCAACUCUCUCAACUACAGCGCCCUCGACGGUCUGGGACGAACUCGACGACCUCAAGUCCCGAAUCCGCAAGCUCGAACUCACCGGCAAACUGCCGCCAUCCUCUCAGGAGGCGAUCUCAAGCAUGGGCAGCGAAAGACCCCGAACGGCAGCCACAACGAUGACUGGGCUAUCUACUUCCCCGAGGCAUCAUCGCAAGGCCAGCAACCCCUCGGCCGAUGCUGAGAAUGCGGGUCAAAAUCCAGUUCAUCCAUUGCUCCAAUCUGCACUGGCAAAGGCAAAAUCAGUCUUGAGCAGUGACGUGUACACGGCGCUAGAAGUGACGAUCACGGAUUCUCUGACGCUCUCUACCAUGUUGGGCGUCAACACAGUGCCAUCGAGUAAUGUUUCUGUUAUGAAUGGCGGGUAUAGCUCCCCGGAGCGACAUGCGCGACGCAAAGCGGACAGCGUGUGUCGAAGCCUGACGGAACUUUGUUUGGCUUUGACGGACGAACAACUGAAGAGAACCCGAUCCGCUUCUGCAAGUCAUGUCUCGGGCACGCAGUCUCAGCGAAUGAAUGGCACCCAGGGUGACGCAUUGAGACCCCUCUCUUCCUAUCAGCGCAGUGCCAGCCACGAACCAGAAGAUGUUGAUCGAUACCCAACUACUAGCAGCCGCAUGCCUAGUCGUCUAGAAGCCCGCAGGGCGUCCUUGAUCAACCCUAGCUCGGCCGUGGCUACAGAGACCCAACCACCCCAAUCCCCCAGCGUGGCACCCUCGAUAAGCCGACUUCACCGCAUAUCGACCUCUUUGCGCAGCCGCAGAAUACCAACAGAGGAGGAAGCUGCAGAGGCAGCGACCCCGCCCAGCCGGUCCCUUUCACGGGCUAUGACUGAGAUUGGCACACCAAGUCCGGCCCAGAGCAUCUCUCCCCGGCAGCGAUUUUCUGUCGGCCAUACACCUUCGCGGUCCAUUUCAAGCGCUCAGCAACCGCAAGACCAAAACAUCGGCAUCUCGCUCCGUUCCUCGCAAUACCAGGAACCGCCUACCACAUCUCAAGCACAACCUGCCCAACCUCGAACACCAACCACUUCCUACUCUCAGACAGGACUUCCAUUCCGGCGCAGCUAUAUGACCCCCGCAGUGUAUUCCCCUGCCACAUCUCGCUCCAAUAUCCAGGCUGGAUCCCGACGAUAUGGUCUUUCGCCUGGUUUCUCAAAUGCCACGCCAGGCUCCGGAGCAGAGGAGAGCCCUCGGUCUCAGCUCGAGACCUCGCAGACUCGAAUCAGUGUACCAUCCGGGAAAACAGCCGCCAGCUAUACUCCUAUCCAGCAAACCCGAUUGCGGACAAACAGUCUCGGUGCACGAAGAUUUGGCCUCAGACGCCGCUCUGCGGCUGCACCGGACGAGACCAUGAACUUAGACGAUAGUAUCGACUAA